UUUGCAGGGCCAUCAAUGUUCUCUACACUCAAUCCAUGCUUUAAAUUUUUCACCAAAGUUUGGUCCAAAGAAGGGUGUGUUUAACAAUACUACUCUUUCUGGUGUUAUCGUCAUCUUUGCUUUUUGUUUGAUGGUAAGAAAGCUCAAAAACCCUGUCCUUGAAUCUUGAUUCUUCCUCCCCCUUUGUAGCCCAUUGCUUAUAUGAUCCAAGAAUAGAAAAGGGUCCUUUUCAUCUUUCCUUUUUAGGCUGGUUUACGUGAAUAGAGAGUUAGAGAAAGGCCUCAUUUUCAUAUCUAUGGUAUUUCAAAAUUUCUGUUUUGAUUUUGAAGUUCUUCCAUACACUUACACUCCAACUCUUUCUAUAUAAUCUAAUAGUCUUUGUAGGCAAAUUCAUUCAAAGCAUUCUUCUAUACAUCAUUGUGUUCUUCAGUUCCCCCUUCCACUUUUUGGUUCUUCCUUUCACCUUUUUUGGCUGCAGAUCCUGUGUUUAUAGUAUCGCUCAGUACAUUUUGGGCUAUGGGUGCUCUCUCAAAUAGAAAAAUCACACUCAGGAUUCUAUUUCCAAUAUCCACUUUCCUGGUCUUCUUGUUAAGUCCUUGUUUGGCAGGGAAUGUUCCUGCAAAUUUCGUUUUUGGGGAUUCUUUGGUGGAUGCGGGAAACAACAAUUACAUUGUAUCUCUUUCCAAGGCCAAUUACAUACCAAAUGGGAUUGAUUUUGGGAAGCCAACAGGAAGAUACACAAAUGGAAGGACAAUAGUGGACAUUAUAGGUCAGAAAGUGGGCUUCAAAGAUUUCACUCCUCCUUACUUGGCUCCAACCACAGUUGGAGAUGUUGUCCUCAAGGGUGUCAACUAUGCUUCUGGUGGAGGAGGAAUUCUUAAUUACACUGGGAAGAUCUUUGGUGGAAGAAUCAACUUGGAUGCACAGCUUGACAACUUUGCAAACACAAGGCAAGACAUAAUCUCAAGAAUUGGUGCACCUGCAGCUCUGAAGCUGUUCCAAAGGUCUCUGUUCUCAGUUACAAUAGGCUCCAAUGACUUCAUCAAUAACUAUCUGACACCUAUCCUCUCAGCAGCUGAGCAGAAGCUGGUCUCUCCACAAACCUUUGUGGGCACCAUGAUUUCAAGAUUCAGACUUCAACUUACAAGACUCUACAGUUUGGGGGCGAGACGGAUCAUUGUGGCAAAUGUUGGACCGAUUGGGUGUAUCCCAUUUCAGAGGGAUACAACCCCAGGUGUAGGAGACGACUGUGCUUCCCUUCCGAACCAGAUGGCCCAGUUGUUCAACACGCAGUUGAAGAGCCUAGUAGCAGAGCUCAGCACAAGUCUUGGAGGCUCAAAAUUCGUGUAUGCAGAUGUGUACAGCAUUGUGGACGAUAUCAUCCAGAAUUAUGAAUCAUUUGGUUUUGAGAAUGGAAAUUCGUCGUGUUGCUACAUUGCUGGGCGCUUUGGGGGUCUAAUCCCAUGUGGGCCUCCGUCUAAAGUUUGUUCAGACAGAUCAAAGUAUGUGUUCUGGGAUCCAUACCAUCCUUCUGAUGCUGCUAAUGAAAUCAUAGCCACUCGGCUACUAGGAGGCGACUCUGAUGACAUUUGGCCAAUGAAUAUUCGCCAACUGAUUCAAUCCUAGUCUCUGCAGUGGAAUCCAUGGAUUCAUAGGAUCAUUGAAGCAAAAAAAGUAAUAGAAAAAUAAGAAAUCUUCCCUUUUUGAUCGAUGAUAGCGCAAGUUCAAUAGAAAAUUUGUCCAUGAUAAUGGAGCGGGAGAAAAGGAAGAGGCCAUCCCAUUCAGUAUAAGCAUUGUCUUUGGCCCUGCUAAUUAUUGAUUAUUAUUGAUAUGUAAUACUAUUCAACAUUUCCCAUAGUGGUUAUUAUAAGAGUCUUACGUCUUUUUCUUUA